AUGGGGCAGAACCUGCCUUCGGCUUACAGACACUCACGUAAUCGAGCCCAGCACCAUCAUGACCACUUUCCUCGCAAAGUGAAUAGUGGGUCCACCGACCCUGGGUCAUUUUGGCCUCAACUCGGCAGAGCAGGGCCCGAGGCCAGGGAGUGUGGAUCCAAUCUCAGGGCGGGAGGAGGGUCGGGCGGGGCUUCCUGGCCCCACCGCAGGCACCCAGGUGCAGGCGCGGGAAGAAAUAAGUUUGAAUGGGACGGCAACUUGGAAGUGGUUUUAAGGCUUCUUGAAACGGCGAACCCUGGCCGAGAGGGGGCGAAGGUGUCCCGACUUGCAGUCCGCCCGCCGGCGCGCGGGACCGCGGGCGCCGGGCACCAGGGAGGCGCCGCCCGAGACGCCCAGGGCCGCGGGCUCUGGGCUCAGAGCCCUGGCGGCGGCGUCCGCCGAUCGUUGCACCGCGCCAGGACGGGAAGCGGGGGAGGGGGUCGGAACUCCAGGAGGUCCCCAAACUGGGAGACGGAGCUUGGCAUCCGGUCUCGCCAGCUCGUAGCUGCGGCAGCAGAGGCGGCGCGGCGCGGCCCCGCGGGGUGGGGAGGAGGGUGGGAAGAGGCAGGUGAGACUCGGCGCCCUCGCAGCGCCAAUCGCGCCCCUGCCGUCUCGCCCCGAGAGGGCACUCACCAGCUUUGCACGGGUCCUUGUAGUCCAGCGACUCCGUCUCGUCCUCUCCAUUGCCACCGAAAGUGUAGUCAUAGUCGAGGCCGGCGCAGACCCCCAGCUCAGCGCAGAGGACAGCCCCUGCGGCCACCAGCCACGCAAGCAUCCCAGGGGAAAGCGUCUCCAGCCCCAUCUUCCUCGCGAGGGAAGCAGGGCACGGGCGCCUGUCCCCGCGGGAGGCUCCUCGGCGCGGCCGGCGCUCAGGUGUCCGGGGACAUGGGGCGCCGUCGGGCGGAGAGAGAGCAGGACGGCCUGUCUCCCGGCGCGGGCGAGGUGGCGGGCCGCGGGAGGGCGGGCGGGGGCAGGUAGGGAGCGGGUCCGGGCGGGCGAGCGGCCAGGCUGUCUCCCGGCGGCGGUCCUUCCCGUGGCUCAACUGUUUAGCUGCUUCAGGGUCAGGUUCCCGGGCUCAGGCCCGGCGCGUGCCCGGCACCCGGGACCCGGCGCUGCUCUGGGAGGACGAGCCCAGUCUGCACAUCAACGCGUCUGAGCUGCAAGUGGGGACCGCGGACGCGGGUGGGGGGCAGACGUUCCUUCGCUGCCAGACCUUAAAAGCCGCAGAAGCAGCAAAGCAACUGACUGAGAGAAGAGCGAAAGUGGGAGGAUUUGGGGAUGCACUGUUUGCCUUUUCCCCCUAGGCUGUCUUUUUACCCUCUUACUAACUUGAAAAAAAAAAAAAAAAUUCUUCACAGCAUCUAACCCAAUCACUUGCAUCCUGCUUACUUAUUCAUACAAUCAGGGUCAGGAUCCGGGCCACAGCCUCCUCUCCGCCUCCUUUCGGUAGCCCUACAUGAGCAGACAGACACUAGCGCGCCGAGAAUUCCAUUUAUAAUUUACUAAAGAUAAAAAUGAAUAUAUCGUGCACUGCGUCCGCGAACAGCAGUUAAUAGAUGAUGUACGCGCCAGCCGAAAGCGCCAGACCGGGGGUGGGCGAGGGACGGUGACAACUUGACUAAAACCUCCACUUCCCCCCAAUACACAAGGAGUUUGCCUAUCCCCUUUGCUGCCUUUGCCUCGGUGCAGCCGGGAGGGGUGGAAAGUGUCUGGGCCUCCAACUGAGGUAAGGAAACUGCUUUCAAAAGUCCCCCAACCACAAAGUUUUGCUGAGACGAUCCUCAGAACUGCAGUGUUUUUAUGUUUGUUUGUUUGUUUAAUCCAAAAUCCAGUUACAGAUUGCAGCAGCAGCAGGAAACGCGAAGAUCUCGCCAAGGGCUGAGCUGUGGCUCACGCGGGCUCAGGAAGGGAAGUUGGAAGGAACACUGGGGAAGCAAAUUUUCUGUGACAGCUCUGGCGCCCAUGCCCGGAGUUGCUCAGUAUCCUUUGGCUUUAGUUGUUUUAGUUAGGAGGAGAGUGUGUAAAACCUGGCAGCAGGAUUAGCGAGGUAAACCACAUGUCAGCCUAGCAGACGCAGGACAAACAUAGGCUGUGGGAAAUUGAGGAGGAAAAAAAAAAAAAAAAAAAUCAGAGGAAAUCUCUGCAAAACCCCUGUUGUGAGCAAUUCAGAGGUUUCCCCACAUCUGCAAGUAGUUUCCAAAAUAGGUGAGAGGACUUCUCCUCCCCCAAAUUUCCAAAGGACUGUUGAUUAGGAGCCUUGCCUUUUCCAACUAAAUUCUGAACUGUCAUUUUAGCUGGGACUUGUAAAAAAUCUUCUGCUGCCUUUACAUUUUAAUUUAACUUUUAAAUGUCCCCUCUUUUCUGAGUUACCAUCAACAUACAGUCUAAUCUAGAGGAAAAUAUGAAGGUAAUCACAGGCGCACACAUGCAGUGUUUGCGCACACACACACAUGUCCUUUGACAGGUAGACCUAGUCUUUGGUUAGGGGAUUUGACCAGGUUUUAUAUUUGUCU